AUGCACACUAAGAAGGCUGAAUUGCCGGAAUUGGAGAUCCGACUUUAUAGAUGGUUUCUUGCUCAACGUGAGAGGAAUAUGCCAGUUUCAGGUGACUUGAUACGGCAAAAAGCGUUAAGUUUGAGUGUGAGUUUAAGUGUUGCUGGUUUUAAAGCAAGUGAUGGUUGGCUACAGCAUUUCAAACAACGUCACGGAGUAAGGUUAUUGAAGAUAAGUGGAGAAAAACUUUCAAGCCAGCCCGAACUCAUCGACCCGUUUAAAGCAAGAUUAAGGAGAGUGAUUCAAGAGCACAAUUUGAAUGAGCACCAGCUGUACAACGCUGACGAGACUGGAUUAUACUGGCAGUUGCUACCGGAUAAAACUUAUGUUGCUUUAGCUGAAAAAAACAGCUCCUGA